AUGUGGGCGACGAAAACAAUCAAAAAGUAUUGGAAGAGUUACAAGUUUAGGAAAUUUAUUAACAGCCAAAAGGACGAGUUGAUGCAGGAUUUAUACAAGAAAGAAGUCCAGCAAAUUACAAGGAAUGAAAUUAUAACAUCGCUGUCCCUAUUACAGAAAUAUAAAUACGGCUUACUACCAUUACAUGUUAACGUAUCAACAAAAUUGGACGAAUUUUACCCGAAUGGCUGGAGCAACAGUCUAGGUAUGGUAUUGAGGGUUAACGAGGAUAAGCAAAUAACUAACGCGGCGAUGGGAAUGUUUCAUACAGUGUUGGUUUUGAACGGAUCUCAAGUGUACACUUAUGGAUUAAAUGACUACAACCAGCUUGGGUAUACAAACCGAAACGAAUUGACUGGAAAUGUUACCUUCAGAGAUAAAAGUGUUGAAAAGAGUAUAAGACUAGAGCCCAUGGUCAUGAUAAAGGAGGGCUUGAAGGUAAAGGAGGUAACUUGUGGGCUUGAGCAUACAGUGAUGUUGUUAAAUGAUGGUAGUGUGUAUUCUUGGGGUUUAAAUCGCAAUGGACAGUGUGCACAGAUGCAAUGCUAUGAGGUUAUAUCAACACCGACACUAGUGACCUUUACAAAUGAUAGCCCAGUUAGGGUUGUAACAUCGGGAAAUCAUCACGUAUGCUGUUUGAACCACGACUACGAGUUGUUCGUCUGGGGAAAGGCGUUCCACCUUGGACUCAACUGUUCAGAUUUAUUCAGACCUAUGAAAUUGGAAACGAAAUUGAAUCUAAAAUCAGUAUAUGCUGGAAAACAAGUCUCUUAUCUUCUCGAUCAGGAACAUAACCUAUACAGCUUUGGAACGACAUAUAAUGGACAGCUCGGAUAUCCGUCAAAUAGUCUGGAUAAAUCAUUUGAAGUUAACAGGAGGAAAAAUGAACUUGGGAAUCUAACUUGCUCAGGGGAAACCAGCGGUUCUACAACGUUUAGGUUUGUUCUUAAUCAGGUGGCUGAUGUUAGUGUCGGAAACAACUUUACUGUGGCACUGGAUGUGUACGGGAAUUUGUGGCAGUGGGGAACGUUUUUGGUUGUAAAUUCAAGCACUGAAACGUUCGAGCAGAAAACAGAAUAUAAUCCAUUCCUAGUAAGGGUGGAUAAGAAGAUUCUCAAGUCACCUUUGGCAAAGGUAUCAGCAGGGUGGUGGGAGGUCAACCUUCUAACUGAGUCGUUAUCACUGUACGGAUACAACUAUCUAAGAUUAGAAAACAAACCAGUGGAUGAAAACAGUCAGAAACUAGAAGAAGGUGGUCAAGAAAAUUCAACAGUAUACUCUCCAAUUCUCUUUAGUUACCCGGGAUUGGCAGGAAUGAUGCCAAAGGACGUUAAAACGCUGGCCUCACCGACCAUAACUGUGACUAUGGUAAGAACAGACUGA